GACGGUGCAGUAGUUGAAAUUCAUGCGGUCGCUGGUCGAGCGCGAGUAGGCUGGUUCUUGUGCCGAGGCGGGUUCCAUCAAGGUUGAUGUCCAUCUCUUGCGGUGUUCUUACCUGGUCGGGUGUGCGCGGCGUUGGAAGCGGGCAGUGUCUGCCGUUUACCAUGGCGUGAUAGUGCUAAUGGUGCGUGUGAUCGUGCACAUAUUUGGAGAGAGAUUUUGGCGGCGUGUGAUGCCCCUGCACCAGUUGUGAAGCCCAUUGUUCAUGAGUCAGAAACGAAACAAAUCGUAGCCUUGGUACUAAGAGGCGCGAAAGGAUGAAGCAGGGCGAGCUGCGACGCGCCUUGAUGGUCGUUACUCUGCUGUGCGUUUUCCUAUUCAUCUACCUGUACUGGCAACAGACCACCAAGCUCGCCCCGACCCUAGUCUACAACUACAAGCACGUGUAUAGUUCCUACAAGAAGUCCCAUCCGCCUCAAUGGACCUGGGAAUGCAUAAAUCAGCGCUGCGAGAGGCGAAGCAUCAAAGGUGGCGUCGCUGCUGUGUCACUGGCCACAUGCAGCAUGCUCUGCGGUUCCACGCAACUCUGGCCCCAGCCCACCGGGCCCGUCACCCUCGGAAGCAGAGCAGUGACCUUCAAUCACAAGCAAUUCGAGCUGGAAACCGUCGCUAACGCGCCAGCUAGGACCUUGCUGGAAAAAGCGUACACCAGCUUCAACGAGAACGUUGUUAGUAUGGUGGAGAAGAAAGAUUAUAUCAAGGAAAAGACAGACAUCUCUAAGUUCUUGAUAAGGGUGACGAUACUGCGAUCUGAAGUGGUUAGAUUGAAGCUGAACACCGACGAAAGCUACACCAUAGUCUUGAAGUACCUGGGGAACGAAGUCGUGGCUAAUAUCACAGCGCAGACUUUCUUCGGUGCUCGGCACGGGUUGGAAACCCUCUCCCAACUCAUCUGGUGGGACGACUACACCAAGGGAGGCAUGUUGAAGGUGUUGAAAGGUGCCACGGUCCAAGACACUCCUAUAUUUGCGUACAGGGGCCUCAUGGUGGACACCUCGAGGAACUUCAUGUCCAUCGAAAGCCUGAAAAGGGUACUGGUGGGGAUGUCAGCUAGUAAACUCAACGUUUUCCACUGGCACAUAACAGACUCCCAAAGCUUUCCCUUGGUGGUCCCCAGCGUACCACAGCUGGCCAAGAACGGAGCCUAUGGGCCGGGUAUGACGUACGCCCCUGAAGAAGUGAAAGCCUUGGUGGAAUUUGCCAGGGUGCGCGGUAUAAGAGUUGUGUUAGAGGUGGACACGCCGGCCCACGCUGGGAACGGAUGGACUUGGGGUCCACAAGAAGGUUUGGGAGAGCUCGCCGUCUGCGUGAACGAGCGCCCGUGGAGCAUGUACUGCGGGGAACCCCCUUGCGGCCAGCUCAACCCUGAGAACCCCAACGUCUACGACGUGCUGGAGAAGCUGUACAGAGACCUGUUAGAUUUAAGUAGCGAAUACGAAAUUUUCCAUAUCGGUGGAGACGAAGUGAACCUGGAGUGUUGGGCGCAGCACCUGCAGAAAUCCAACACCCUGUACAACUACACGGACUUGCACGAUCUGUGGGGCGAGUUCACCGUGAAGGCCUUGAAUAGGCUGUACGCCGCUAAUGGGAACAAAAAAGUGCCCUACGUUAUAGUGUGGUCGAGUAAGUUGAGUAAGAGGCCUUAUCUGACCAAGUAUUUGGACAAGAGCAACGUGGUGGUGCAAAGUUGGGGGGCCAGCCAGUGGCCCGACACGCCGGAUCUUAUUGCCGAUGGGUACAAGGUGGUUGUAUCGCACGUAGAUGCCUGGUACUUGGACUGCGGGUUUGGAAGGUGGCGCGAGACGGGCGACGCCGCCUGCGACCCCUACCGGCCGUGGCAGACCGUCUACAACCACCGGCCCUGGCAGCAGCUCCACCUCAACACCAAGCAGAUCCUGGGGGGCGAAGUGGCCCUCUGGAGCGAGCAGCUGGACGAGGGCUCACUGGACGCCCGGCUAUGGCCCAGGGCCGCGGCCUUCGCCGAGCGGGUGUGGAGCGACCCCCAGCUCGACAUGUCCACCUACGCCAUCCAGGAGGACGUGUACACGCGGCUCAGCACCCACAGGGACAGACUGGUGGGCAGGGGGCUCAGCGCCGAGGCCCUGUGGCCCUCCUGGUGCACCCAGAACCCCGGCAUGUGCCUUUGACGAACGCCGCCAUCGGCGGCAGGUGUAUAUAGUCCAAUUCUACUCCUUCUCCUCACCGUGCACAGUGAUAUUAGUCUAGUAUUUAAACGGAUGACUCUUAGCUUUAAGGGGAGGGCGAAGGGGUCUCUUGGAGGCGUGGGGGAGAGAGUUACAAGAGCGGUUUCGAAUGUUGUGAUCUGAGAUUGAAAUUUUUAUCGUUAAGUAAGGGUUUGUUUUUGGGUUUCAAAAAGGAAUAAACGUAUUCAGGGGCGCACCCCGAAAAAAGGCUUGAAAGACCAAAUUCAGUUGGAGAGAAUAGUGUGGGUCUGUUUCUAAAAAAAAAUAUCACAUUUGUUUCAAUUUCUCUUAAAAUUUUCACGUAGAUUGAUGAAGUUUGGGCCAACUAUUUAACUAAUUACAAAAAAUAUUACAAAUCUCUAAGUGACUGUCAACUGGAGAAGUUAUCACAAUGGGCUCAUGUAGAAUUUUUUUUUCUCCCCAAAAUAGUUACUUAAUGAAAACUCACGAAAGGCACGUUGUGACGUCAUAUCACACCCACAUACUUGGAUAGGCCUCACAUACAUCACCAGAUAACUCUAGCUAAGGGAACAGACAAAAACAAACAAAUUUAAACUAUUUUAAGAAAGAAACACCGUUACAAAUUUUGAUAAGAUUGAUUUUUGGGAAAGUUAUCUGUAAUAAUUUUAGACCCUGGUUAUAACUUGCGCAUAUAAGUCAAAGUAAGAUUUCGCAGUAAAUAAUGGUAUGCCAUAUGCUGAAAAAUAUUAUGUAUUUUUUUAUGAUCUAUUUAUGAUAUACAGGGUGUUUCAGAAAAAACUCCCGUAAAUU